UCAGCGAAUCACCGGGAGCCGCAGCGAUCAGACGGCGGAAGCUUUUCUAAAGGAUAAAAAGAAAAGAAACUAAUUUAUCACAAGCCCUAGACUCCCAAAUCUCCCCAAUGAGAUCUUGCGCCUCUUAGUAAUUAAGCACUGCCUGAGGUUUCAUUUUCAAGAAAUUGUGUAACAAACAGUUUGUUGUAAACUUACCAAACUGAAAAGGGCCUCGGAAUAACAUAAGGGAGUUUAUAUGGAUAAAAAUACAGUCUCUCCUUCAGGAAGUGAUACAAGUAUUGCUUCUGGAACAAUAUUGGGUAAAAGGAAAUUCACAACAACUGAUCUACCAGAAUAUUCAUGGCCUGAGGAGUCACACCUGAAAAACAUAAGAAGAAAUACUCAUGAAUUUGCUUCAAUUCAAAGAAAGCGUGAUGCAUAUGCUAUGCGAUAUCAAUUUCCAGCUGAUAAGUUUCAUCAUAAUGAUACUACAAAACCUAGAUUGACUGGUAAUUCUGAUUCCCAAAGAUAUGAAAUUGAAUAUUCAAAGGACAUGCCUCUAAGUAAUGAGCUGCAGCUUUUAAAACAUGAAGAGCAGUUCCGAAAGUUGGAAGUGCAGACUAGAGAGACACCUAAAUUACCAAGUUGGAUACUUGAGAAGGGAAAUGUAUGCGCACAAUCUGAAUCUAAGGGAUCAUUGUCAAUUCCAUCCUAUACUUCCUAUACAGAAAAGUCUCAGAGCGAACCUGUAGUACAAAAUACUGCCCUAAUAAAGACACUGUUGGCUACAUUUUGUAAUGAUGAUUUGUCUGUAACUCGGAGAGCCAUGGGAACAUUUCAGCAGAGUUCUUCUCAGCCUGACCGCUCCAAUAUUCUCUCUGAUAGAAGAGCAAACAUGGAUGAAGUCAAUGAGUUUGAUACUUCUUGUCCUUUUGGACAAAGAGGGCAGGUUUUUCAGAAGAUUGAGAGCAAUAAUGCUCCUAAAUCCUGUGCUGAGCAAAAGGACAUCCGGACCGAAGGGCAGUCCAAUGUGGGGGAUUCAGAAGGGUUCAAUAAGGAGAACAAAAAAAAUUCCUUGGUCGAGGAAUUUGCUUCUAGAUAUGACCAAAAUUCUGAUAAAAGUUUCAAACAUGAAAAGCAGAAGUUGAAUCAUGGCUCCCAUAGAUUUGAAGAAAAGAGUAUGUCAAAAUUACAUAAAUCAUCUGUGGCUGCAGGAAAGAUAUGGGUUGGAUCUCUUCAGCUAAAUUCUUCCAUUGCUGUGCCUGCAGUUGCCUUCUUUAAAAGUGGUGAGAAGUUGCUUGAUGUCAACUGGUAUGAACUUGUAGACGUUAAAGGGAAAGUAAGAUUAGACGCCUUUGAAAAAUAUAUCGAGGAACUUUCUCGCUCGCGCAAUCGGGGAUUAAUGGUAAUUUCUGUGAGUUGCAACAAGGGGUCUGAGACUGACAUCAAGCAUAUGAAAGAGGUUGCAAAAGGGUAUGUAAAAGGCGAAAGAGUUGGCCUUGCACGCCUUUCACAAGGCUCUGAUCUUUACCUCUGUCCUCGGACCGAUACAAUUAUCACAAUCCUUGCGAAACAUGGUUUCUUUAAGGGGUUGGCAGCGAUUCAAAGCACGUGUGAGCUAUUUAUUGGUUGUGUAGUGUGGCGAAAAAAUCAUUCGGUUGCUAAAAAGUCUGAGAGCAACACAAAUAGUUCCCAGUCCGAGCAGUUACAGAAAUCUCUGCCUGAUUCUAUUGAUGUGCAAGCUGUGGGAAAAAGUUCCAUAUCAUCGGUUGGCGAUGCACAAGCACUGGCCUCAGCUAAAUCUUCCUUGGUUGCUGAAAGUAAUGACAUCAAGGAUAAUCAAAAUACGGGUGGUGUUGACAGUUCAUCUUCUAACGCCAUUUCCCUGCCAAUGCUCUCGCUAGCAGAGCAACGAGGACCUGUUCCUUCCAAGUCGGAGUCACAGGUAACCCCGGGGAAAUGUGGAAAUGUGGAACUUCCCAAAUACAGUCUUGCUUUGCCAUCCAACACAUCAAGCCAGAAGGCCCAGGUAACCAUUUCCCUGCCAAUGCUCUCGCUAGCAGAGAAACGAGGACCUGUUCCUUCCAAGUCGGAGUCACAGGUAACCCCGGGGCAAGCUUGUUACACUGAACUGGCUAGGGGAAAUGUGGAACUUCCCAAAUAUAGUCUUGCUUUACCAUCCAACACAUCAAGCCAGAAGGCCCAGAAGAAGCCAUUUAAUGAUGAUGAUCUUCCUGAGUUUUACUUUGGGAGUGCUGGUGGGGUUUCUAAAAGUUGUGAUGGGAAAUCCUCUGAUGCACAUUUGCUCAACAGAACUAGAACUGAAGAUGGGUCUGGGAACUUAACCAGAUAUUUGGCACAUUCUGUUCCGGUCUCCAAGCCAACAGCUUCGAAUUCGACCCCCAAUAUAGACAUGCCUCCAAAUAGGGAAGCCAGUGUCCAUGGCGCCCCACUCCCUCUUUCCCGACGAAUGGAAGGAAGACAUGCCCACCAGAGCCACACCAUUCCACCACCUAAAAUUGCCAUCCCUAAGAUUCCCUUUGCUGAUUUAGGGAAGAAAAUUUUCUUUGAUGAUGAUGACGACAUGCCUGAAUGGCUUCCACCAGAUCUAACGAAGCAAUCAUUUGCCAAACGAAGCGAUAUUACAACAACAAACCCAGGUUUCAAGAAUUUGCCCUUCAACCACCAUCCUCCAAGGCCAUUGCCACCACCAUCAAAUCCUCCAAUGUUCUCUUCCUUAGCAGUGCCCCCUCUGCUGCCGCGUCCACCUUUCAAUUCGAAUGUGCCUCCCCCGGUGCCCUCUCGUGAUCGUCAGAGUUAUAUGACGGGAUUUACCUUCAACCCUGUUCUACGGCCACCCUCCGGUCCACUGGCAGGAAGGAGCCCUCUGCAGCCUGCAGGUGGAGUUUGGAGGCCAUAAUAUAGAAACUAUACAUCAAAUAGGAAGGAAAAUCAGGAAAUGGUUUGAACCUGUAGAUACCCAUAGGAGAAAGUUGAAUAUAGGUCUCAUGAGUGUGAAAGAAUGUUUGAAUUUUAAUUGGCUAUGGUUUAAGUUUAAAACUAGUUGAGUUUAAACAGUCCUCAAACCAUAAGAUUGAUAUACUUAUUGCAGAA